AUGGGACAUGAGUCAAUUGGGACCAGGAAACUGGGAACUGUCAAGGUGCCAGAGGGCAUCAGAGGUCUCAUGAAUCCGGGUGCCCAACUCUGCCCGCUUGUGCUGCCCGGUCGAGUGCACCUCCCUCCGCACACGCUGCCCGACGCGCUGACUCUUUCCCCCGCCGGAGCUCCGGUUUUGCUCGCCAGACACCGGACGGGCUCGCCGCACCUUCUGGAAACGUCUGUGACGGGAUCGCGACGCUCAGUCACACACGGAGAGCGGGCGGGAGAGCGGGCGGGGCUGGCAGUGCCGAGGCACCGGGGGCAGCGGCGGCAGCGGGAUCCCGGCUCCGACCGGGGACACUCGGGCUGCACCGUCCGCACUCUGCCGGCAGCCGGCGGGACCCGCACCGUCAGCGGGCGGACUCCGGCCGACAACUUGUGUACCCGGGGACGGCGGCGGGCGAGAGGCGAGCGGGGCCGCCUCGUACCCCGCAGAUCCAGCGCUGCAGCCGGCCGGCAUGUUCGCCAAACUUUUCAUCCUCCUCCUUCUCCUCCAGCCGGCCAUCCAAGCCAGGUGGCAGUGUCCGAGUGGGACCUGUUCAUCAAUGAUACUGUCAACAGCAAAGCAGGAAGGAGUGGUGGAUGGUGCCGAGUCAGCAUGUCCGGACAAUUUAUCUCAGAGCAAAGAAACAUCUGUAACAAGACUGAACUGUCAGCUGUGCGAGGGAGGAAUGAGUUUGAACUAAUACUGAUGACUGGGCCAUGGCUGCAUGCAGCUGAAUAUUUGAGGAGGGGCAGACUUGAAGAAGAAGAUGAUGAUGAGGUUGGGGUGAACAAGACUUGGGUACUGGCUCCAAAGUCUCAAGAUGCAGAUGCGACACACAUUCUCAACUCGCUACUAGGAGGGUAUGACAACAAACUGCGGCCAGAUGUUGGCAUAAAGCCAAUCGUUAUUGAUGUGGACAUCUACGUGAACAGUAUUGGCCCCGUGUCGGUUAUCCAGAUGGAGUACACCAUCGAUAUCUUCUUCGCACAGACCUGGUAUGACAGGAGGCUGCGUUUUAACAGCACACUGAAAGUCCUGACUUUGAACAGUAACAUGGUGGGGAGAAUCUGGAUUCCCGAUACGAUAUUUCGGAACUCCAAGCGGGCAGAUUCCCAUUGGAUCACCACACCCAAUCAGCUGCUGCGGAUCUGGAACGAUGGCAAGAUUUUGUACACACUAAGACUCACAAUCGAGGCAGAGUGCCAGCUCUACCUGCAGAACUUCCCCAUGGAUGAACAGUCCUGUCCUCUGGUCUUCUCCAGCUAUGGAUACCCAAAGGAUGAGAUCACCUACCGGUGGAGGAAGUAUUCCAUCGAAGUUGCAGACCAGCGAUCCUGGAGACUUUACCAGUUUGAUUUUGUUGGCCUGAGAAACAUAUCAGAAGUCCUGAAAACCACAGCAGGAGACUACACGGUAAUGACUGUUUACUUUGAUUUAAGCAGAAGAAUGGGAUAUUUUGCCAUACAGACUUACAUUCCGUGUAUACUAACUGUUGUCCUAUCAUGGGUCUCCUUUUGGAUCAAGAGAGAUUCAACUCCAGCCAGAACCACACUUGGGAUCACCACCGUACUGACCAUGACAACACUCAGCACCAUCUCAAGGAAAGCCUUGCCCAAAGUUUCCUACAUCACCGCCAUGGACCUCUUUGUCUCUGUCUGCUUCAUCUUCGUCUUUGCUGCACUCAUGGAGUAUGCCACCCUCAACUACCUUGUAGGGACCAAGAGACCCAACCCCAUAAAACGCAAACUUAAACCUUUGAUCAGCUGUGUUCUUCUGCAGGAAGCCUGCCCGGCGGGCACGGAGCCAUGCUUCACCGCCAUCACCGUCAACGACCUAGGCCAGUGGCAGGAGCCCGAGGAAGAGCUGGUGGACGACUGUCUGGAGGGGAAGGACUGCCGCUCCUUCUUCUGCUGCAUCGACGACUGUCAGACAGGCACCUGGCGCCGGGGACACAUCCGGAUCCACAUCUCCCGGCUGGACUCCUACUCCCGGGUUUUCUUUCCCACUGCCUUCCUCCUCUUUAACCUUGUUUAUUGGAUCUCUUAUCUCUACCUGUGA